GCCCUUCCUUGCUUUGGCAGCUUCCUUGGGGUUCCUCAGUGGCGCCUGCAACCCCUGGUUCACCUCCUUCCAGGUUCCGGCUCCUUCCAGCCAUGGCUCUCAGAGUCCUUCUGUUAACAGCCUUGACCUUAUGUCAUGGGUUCAACCUGGACACUGAAAACGUAAUGACCUUCCAAGAGAACGCAAAGGGCUUCGGGCAGAGCGUGGUCCAGCUUCAGGGAUCCAGGGUGGUGGUUGGAGCCCCCCAGGAGAUAGUGGCUGCUAACCAAACGGGCAGCCUCUACCAGUGUGAUUACAGCAUAGGCUCAUGCGAGCCCAUCCGCCUGCAGAUCCCCGAGGAGGCUGUGAACAUGUCCCUGGGCCUGUCCCUGGCAGCCACCACCAGCCCCCCCCAGCUGCUGGCCUGUGGCCCCACCAUACACCAGACUUGCAGUGAGAACACGUAUGUGAAAGGGCUCUGCUUCCUGUUUGGAUCCAACCUACGGCAGCAGCCUCAGAAGUUCCCAGGGACCCUCCGAGGGUGUCCUGAACAGGACAUCGCCUUCUUGAUUGACGGCUCUGGUAGCAUCAACCCACGUGAUUUUCAGCAGAUGAAGGAUUUUGUCUCGAUCAUGAUGGAGCAAUUAAAAAAGUCCAAAACCUUGUUCUCUUUGAUGCAGUACUCCGAAGAAUUCUGGACUCACUUUACCUUCGAAAAGUUCCAGCACAACCCUAAGCCGAGAUCACUGGUGAACUCAAUAACGCAGCUGUAUGGGCGGACGCACACGGCCACGGCCAUCCGCAAAGUGGUACGAGAACUGUUUAACGUCAACCAGGGAGCCCGAAAGAAUGCCCGUAAGAUCCUAGUUGUCAUCACAGAUGGAGAAAAGUUUGGCGAUCCAUUGGGAUAUGAGGACGUGAUUCCUGAGGCAGACAGAGAGGGAGUCAUUCGCUACGUCAUUGGGGUGGGAGAUGCCUUCCGCAGUUCGAAAUCCCGCCAAGAGCUUAAUACCAUCGCAUCCAAGCCAGCUCGUGAUCACGUGUUCCAGGUGAAUAACUUUGAGGCUCUGAAGACCAUUCAGAACCAGCUUCAGGAGAAGAUCUUUGCGAUCGAGGGUACUCAGACAGGAAGUGCCAGCUCCUUUGAGCACGAGAUGUCUCAGGAAGGCUUCAGUGCUGCCAUCACGUCUAAUGGCCCCUUGCUGAGCACUGUGGGGAGCUAUGACUGGGCUGGUGGAGCCUUUCUAUAUACAUCAAAUGAGAAAAGCACCUUCAUCAACAUGACCAGAGUGGAUUCAGACAUGAAUGAUGCUUACUUGGGUUAUGCUGCCACCGUCAUCUUGCGGAACCGAGUGCAAAACCUGGUUCUAGGGGCACCUCGAUAUCAGCACAUCGGCCUGGUGGCGAUGUUCAGGCAGAACACUGGCAUGUGGGAGUCCAACGCCAAUGUCAAGGGCACGCAGAUCGGCGCCUACUUCGGGGCCUCCCUCUGCUCCGUGGAUGUGGACAGCAACGGCAGCACUGACCUUGUCCUCAUCGGGGCCCCCUAUUACUAUGAGCAGACCCGAGGGGGCCAGGUGUCUGUGUGCCCCUUGCCCAGGGCGCAGAGGGGUCGGUGGCAGUGUGAUGCUGUUCUCUACGGGGAGCAGGGCCAACCCUGGGGCCGCUUUGGGGCAGCCCUAACAGUGCUGGGGGACGUGAAUGGAGACAAGCUGACGGAUGUGGCCAUUGGGGCCCCAGGAGAGGAGGACAACCAGGGUGCUGUUUACCUGUUUCAUGGAACCUCAGGAUUUGGCAUCAGCCCCUCCCAUAGCCAGCGGAUAGCAGGCUCCAAGCUCCCUUCCAGGCUCCAGUAUUUUGGUCAGUCACUGAGUGGGGGGCAGGACCUCACAAUGGAUGGACUGGUGGACCUGAGUGUAGGAGCCCAGGGGCACGUGCUGUUGGUCAGGUCCCAGCCAGUACUGAGAGUAGAGGCAACUAUGGAGUUCAAUCCCAGGGAAGUGGCAAGGAAUGUAUUUGAGUGUAAUGAUCAGAUGGUGAAAGGCAAGGAAGCUGGGGAGGUCAGAGUCUGCCUCCGUGUCCAGAAGAGCACACGGGAUCGGCUAAGAGAAGGGCAGAUCCAGAGUGUUGUGACUUACGACCUGGCUCUGGACUCCGGCCGCCCACGUUCCCGCGCUGUCUUCGGUGAGACAAAGAACAGCACGCGCAGGCAGGCGAAGACCUUGGGGCUGACCCAGACUUGUGAGACCCUGAAGCUACAGUUGCCGGAUUGCAUCGAGGACCCAGUGAGCCCCAUUGUGCUGCGCCUGAACUUCUCUCUGGUGGGAACUCCCUUGUCUGCUUUCGGGAACCUCCGGCCGGUGCUGGCUGAGGAUGCUCAGAGAUUCUUCAGAGCCUUAUUUCCCUUUGAGAAGAAUUGUGGCAAUGACAACAUUUGCCAGGAUGACCUCAGCAUCACCUUCAGUUUCAUGAGCCUGGACUGCCUCGUGGUGGGUGGGCCCCGGGAGUUCAACGUGACAGUGACUGUGAGAAAUGACGGCGAGGACUCGUACAGGACACAGGUCACCUUCUUCUUCCCGCUUGGCCUGUCCUACCGGAAGGUGUCCAGGCUCCAGAACCAGCGCUCACAGCGAUCCUGGCGCCUGGCCUGUGAGUCUGCCUCCUCCACCGAAGUGCCUGGGGCCUUGAAGAGCACCAGCUGCAGCAUAAACCACCCCAUCUUCCCAGAAAACUCAGAGGUCACCUUUAAUAUCACAUUUGAUGUGGACUCUAAGGCUUCCCUUGGAAACAAACUGCUCCUCAAGGCCAAUGUGACCAGUGAGAACAACAUGUCCAGAACCAACAAAACCGAAUUCCAACGGGAGCUGCCGGUGAAAUAUGCUGUCUACAUGGUGGUCACCAGCCAUGAGGUCUCCACUAAAUAUAUCAACUUCACGGCCUCAGAGAAUACCAGUCGGGUCAUGCAGCAUCAAUAUCAGGUCAAAAACCUGGGGCAGAGGAGCCUCCCCAUCAGCCUGGUAUUCUUGGUGCCCGUCCGGCUGAACCAGACGAUCAUAUGGGACCGCCCCCAGGUCACUUUCUCCGAGAGCCUCUCGAGUACGUGCCACACCGAGGAAAUACUUCCCACCCCUUACACCGACUUUCUGGCUAAGCUUCAGAAGGACCCAGUGGUGAACUGCUCCAUCGCUGUCUGCCAGAGAAUCAAGUGUGACAUCCCAUUCUUUGGCAUCCAGGAAGAAUUCAAUGCCACCCUCAAAGGCAACCUCUCGUUUGGCUGGUACAUCAAGACGUCGCAUAACCACCUCCUGGUCGUGAGCACAGCUGAGAUCAUGUUUAACAAUUCCACGUUCACCCUGCUUGCGGGACAGGGGGCGUUUGUGAGGGCCCAGACAGAGACCAAAGUGGAGCUGUUCGAGGUCCCCAACCCCUUGCCGCUCAUCGUGGGCAGCUCUGUGGGGGGGCUGCUGCUCUUGGCCAUCAUCACCGCCGUGCUGUACAAGCUCGGCUUCUUCAAGCGGCAGUACAAGGACAUGAUGAGUGAAGGGGGUCCCCCGGGGGCCGAACCCCAGUAGUGGCUCCUUCCCGACCGACCGAGCUGCCUCUCCGUGGCCAGCAGGACUCUGCCCAGACCACACAUAGCCCCCAGGCUGCUGGACACACCAGACGGCGAAGUCUCCCCGAGACAGGACCAGCUUGGGCUUACAUUUGUGUGUGUGCAAGUGUGUAUGUGCAUGUGUGUGAGUGUGUGCAAGUGUCUGUGUGCAAGCGUGUGCACGUGUGCGUGUGCGUGCA